UUUUUUCUUCAAAAGAACUUCGUAACAAUGGAGGAUUGCAUGAGACUGUGCAUGAGGAAGCUAGCGCUAUGGCGGACGACGACGUUUAAACCCUUGAUGACGCACGCGGAGCUGGAGCCGAUAAUGGUCACCAUGGGCUUCGUCGGCCUCCCGCCGUACCAGGAAACUCCGGGGCUCGGCUGGAAGGAGUACGUUUACACCGCCUGGUGGCAGCCUAAACCUUUCUCUUCCUUAAGUUCUACGGCUGCUGAGCCGCCGUCUCCGAAGGAUCCCCGCCCUAGACCGAAGUUGCCGUACCCCAGGAUCGACGGGCUCCACGUUGACACUUACCGUGCCUUCCUCGACGCCGUUAACUUCUAUAUUCAGAUGUGGAAUAUUUCCGAUAUCUUCCAUAUCAGGGGACUACCUCUUCAACGUAAUUACGAUCGAUACCGAAAGUGGCGGUGUAUGGAAGAUGAAAGUAUAUUUGUGUACAGGGAGGGGACACUAGGAGGAAGAAAUCACUUGAUCGCGCCGAACUCCGUCCGAAAAGACAGCAAUAGCAGUUGCAACGAUGACAGUGACGGUAACGAUUAUGGUUCCGUUGUCAUUCGUGACAAAGGGAACAAUGACCGUGUUAACUGCGUUGUCCCAUUGAAGGAUAUCAUAGUAUCUAUUCAAUGA